AUGGCUUCUCUUUUAUUCCACUCCACAUCCCUUUCAGUUUCAGCAGCAUCUUGUUUAAAAUACAAAAAGCUUCUAAUCUCAGUUCCAAGAAUCAACUCCUUUACACUCCCACGCGCCGCCGUCACAAAGCCAGAAUCUCUCAUGUUAUUUCCGUCUUUCCUCCAUCCAGGCCGCCUCAAAAUUGCUGCCGUUGGAGCUCUAUCGGAUGAUUUUAUUGGAAAAGUCGAAAAGGAUGAAUCUUUGUGGAUGUUGGAAGAGAAAUGGGUGAAAUUUGUCUUCUGGGUUGUGUUGUUUGCGUCGGUGUCUCUUGGAUUGCAUGCAUUGUGUGGAGAUGCGAGAGCUGCAGUUGCUGACAGCAUCAGGGGUUCUGGCUUUGGCGUAAAGGUGGCUAAAGCUCUGCGGGCUUCGAGUUGGCCCGAUGAAGCCGUUGUCUUCGCCCUAGCUACGCUGCCAGUGAUCGAGCUCCGUGGUGCUAUCCCGGUUGGUUAUUGGUUGCAACUCCACCCAGUUUUUCUCACAGUCUUGUCUGUUCUUGGGAACAUGGUCCCUGUCCCCUUCAUCAUACUAUACCUGAAGAAAGUUGCAGCUUUUCUAACUACAAAGAAUGAAGCUGCUUCUCGUUUAUUGGACAUGCUACUCGACAAGGCCAAACACAAGGCAGCUCCAGUGAAAGAAUUCCAGUGGAUUGGCUUGAUGCUAUUUGUAGCAGUGCCAUUUCCCGGAACUGGUGCUUGGACCGGAGCCUUCAUUGCAUCCAUACUGGACAUGCCCUUCUGGCCAGCUCUCACUGCAAAUCUCGUUGGCGUCAUCCUAGCCGCCCUUGUCGUAAACUUACUGGUUAAUCUCGGACUCAAGUAUGCUGUUGUCUCUGCUAUUAUUCUACUUGUCGCCUCCACCUUCAUCUGGAGCAUCCUCCGCGCCCUCAAGAAGUCGUUCGGAUGA